CUGCUGCGGGGCGGCGGUAGCUAUGGCGGCUGUGACCGAUGUGCAGCGGCUACAGGCCCGUGUGGAGGAACUGGAGCGCUGGGUGUACGGGUCGGGCGGGCCGCGCGGCUCGCGGAAGGUGGCUGAUGGCCUAGUCAAGGUACAGGUGGCUUUGGGGAACAUUGCCAGCAAGAGGGAGAGGGUGAAGAUUCUGUACAAAAAGAUUGAAGACCUGAUCAAGUAUCUGGAUCCUGAGUACAUUGACCGCAUUGCCAUUCCCGAUGCCUCUAAGCUGCAGUUCAUAUUAGCAGAGGAGCAGUUUAUCUUAUCCCAGAUUGCACUCCUGGAGCAGGUGGAGGCUUUGGUGCCCAUGCUGGACAGCGCUCACAUCAAAGCCGUUCCUGAGCAUGCUGCCCGCCUGCAGCGCUUGGCCCAGAUCCACAUCCAGCAGCAGGACCAGUGUGUGGAGAUCACUGAGGAGUCCAAGGCUCUCCUGGAGGAAUACAACAAGACUACAAUGCUUCUCUCCAAGCAGUUUGUACAGUGGGAUGAGCUACUUUGCCAGCUAGAGGCCGCCAAGCAAUUGAAGCCAGCAGAGGAGUGAUGGCUGCUUCCCUUUCCUGGAUGGGCUGGGACAGCCAGGCUCCAGGGCCCU